CCGAUGUUUUCCCGGAGCAAACGUUUGAGCGAGCCUGCCCGAGAGGCGUGCGCUCGCGCUGCGGCAUGAUUACCUUACGAUGUCCGGCUUCUUCUGACUGGCGCGGCCGUGACACGCCCGUCGUCGUGCUGUGCUGGUGGUGGUGCCCGCGUGCAGCCGCGAGUUGUUGACGCGGGCACCGUGUCAACAGGACAUGGAUCAAUCCGCGACUGAGGACCGAGAGAGUCGCAGGAGUCGACCGCCCUCCGAGCAGCUGGUGGAUUUGCACGUGUACAUUGUCCCCGAGGAAAGAUGGCUGCGAAAGCGGAAGUUGGCUCGGAACCACGUGGUGGACUACGCCAUAUCCGCCGGAUUUAUACGAGUGCUUCCCACUGCUCGACUGGUGGACGUGCGGCGGGAGAUCGACCGGCAGCUGGGCCACGACGUGGUUCCCAAGGAGUACGUCUUCCUUCGCAGCGUCGGAAGGAACUUCACUCAGGUGAAAGACUUUCAAGAGAUGGACCUGAAGGCGAAGAGCUUCCUCCCUCCUUGUGCCAGCGAGCCCGAGAUCUACCUCAAGUCCGGCCAGUUCGCCGAUCAAGGCUGGUCUCACGGCGACGACAGCGGACUCGACGAAGCCUACCUCGACGCUCGGCGCACGCACGAGAUCAUCGAAAGAAGGAUAGGCAUUAUCUCCCCGCCACCCCUUUCGAGCCCGGACACCUUCCUGCCACACUUGGACUCCACGCGGCUACUCCUAACACGACCGAGCAAGGGGCGUCGGUCGGCUGGCACUAACGGUGCCGUCGCUGGUGGCGCCACCACUGCCACAACUACGUACCAGUGGUCCAACGGCGGCACUGCCGGAGCCGGGCCGUACCAGCAGCACCGGGUGACCACUACGACAACCACGACUACGCACCGGUCCACGACAACGGUCGAAGAGACGAGCGUCAGGGACCAGGUGCAUUUGCUCAGGCUCCCAGUGCCUCCGCCCAAGGAAGAGAGGGAUCCGGUGGAGAGGGAAGGCAAGCCGGAAGAGAGUGAACGCCAGCAGCAGGCCCUCGACGGCCAGUCAGAGGACAGAGUCCACGAGGAGCACACCGAAGGCGAGGCCGACGGCCCCGAACUGAGCGACGCACCGCCGCCGGCCGCGUCGGUUCGGAGAAGACCCUCGGUGGCCUCUUCGCACCCGGAGGUCACUGGCGCCGAUGCCAAGGACCUCGCUUCAGGGGUCGACGACGCCAGAAGCAAAGACCGCAGUGACGAAGGCGACGACGACUCUUCGGCACAACAGCGCGGUCAACAGCGCGAGCCCAGCGAAGCGUCGGCGGCACCGUCGCCGGCAUCUGUCAGAGACCGCCGUAGCCGGAGCGACGCAGCGAGCACGGUCACGCUAACGCUGCCGUCGCCCACGUCCGGUGGCUCCCAAGCGCACGCCCUCGGGUCCCAGAGGAGGCCCAGCCUGACCGAGUCCCGCCGCAGGAGCGUGGCCACAGUGCCCAUAGCCGAGAGCAGCAGGCUAUCGGUGCCCACCUACCAACAGCAGCCGAGGAAGCCGAGUUUUGCCGGCGGAUCGCUCGGGCCGAAACGCGGGGACGAUGACAGUGGGGGCCAAAGAUUGAAAUCACGAGCACAGAGCGAAGAGGCACUCUCGCAAGAUAUCGAAGGGGAGAGCGAACGACAACCUCGGCGGAGGCCAAGUCGUGAUGGCGAUUCGCGCCGCUCGAGCACCGCACUUUCCGUAGACCGCGGGGAAGCCGAGCAGGAAGCGGAAGCCAAGCCGGAAACGGGCGAAGCCGAGCCUAAAGCCGAAGCAGAAGCGGCACAAGCCGCGCGAAACGACCGCUCAGGAGGAGGCGGCAGCAGUAGCACGGAGGACGCGUCCUCGGACCAGGAAGCACGCGCCGGUCACGUUCAGGCGUCGCCUUCGGGAGCAGAGGUCGAUAGGGUCGCGUCCGAUACCGAUAGGGGUCGCGAAGAGCAGCGGGAGCAGGGAGCUAGGGUCGAGGACGGGUACAACGGGCGCGAGGAGGCGGAACCCGAAGGCGAGUCGCGCGACUACUUCCACGAGGAAGGUCCGUACCGGUUGGAAGUGACCGAGGAAGAAGAAAACGAGGAGGGCGCGUUAGCGCAGGCGACUUCAGUCGCGCCCGUAGGUAAGGCAGGCGACGUCAUCACCGCGCCGUCCAGCCAGCGCACGUGGAAGACGACUGGUGGUGGCGACAAAGCAUCCAGAAGGAGUAAGUACCCCAGCAGCGUAGGACAACCCCAACUCCAGAAGCAGCAACAAAAGCAGCAGCUGUCCACGCGGGCGCCUGCAGCGACGAGAGCUGGGGCCAGCGGCAAACCGGCUGCGACCGGUGGCGUGAAGGCAGCGCAGCAAAGCGAAAUGAGCGUUCCCGAAAAAGUCGCCGGAGGCAGGAGCCGGAAGCAGUUCAGGGGCAAACCGUCAACAGUCACGGUCCAAGUGGCCAAAGUGCGACUGAUUCCAGGUAGGCCCGCGGCCGAGGCCGGCACCGCCGAAGCCGAGGCCGAGGAGUCGGAGAUCAAGGAAUACGUGAGGCGAGGCGGCGAGAGGAUUCGAGACGGCGGUGGGGAACGCGACGCCUCCUGGAGGGCAUCCAGGAAGGCGGUCAACAACGUCGACACCGCCCGCACUGUGGUCGAGAGCUACAGGAAGAGCGACGCCGCGGCAGCGGCGGCGGCCAAGAAGCCAAAGAGAGAGCGGACCUUCGACGUUGAAGUGUACGUGACAGAAUUGGGCGAGACCGGAACGCAGACGGGGGGAGGUACCGAAGCCUCGGGCAAGGCUGUGAAGGAACGCGGGUCGUCGUCCAAGGGUGGAGGUGGCGGCAGUGGCGUACGGCGCCGGUCUCGAAGUCACAAGUCGUUGAGCAAGAGUGACACUCGCGGUAGCUUGCUCGGUGAUAAAGGACACGCAAGGGGUGAUAAGGGAACAGAUACUACUGACGCGGACGCGAGUAGCCUAGCCGAUAGCGCGGGUUUUGGUCAAGAGGAUCCGUCUAUGAAAGACCACGGUGAAGCUGAACGGGAACGGUCUGAAAUCGAGUCCGAUCGACUAGACAAUGAACGGCAGAUCACACACACCUGCAAACGGCGUUGACGGAAACAUUUCAGCGGAUGAUGAAGGUUCUGGCGAUGAAAAGAGCGUUGAGCGCGCUUCUGCUCCGAGCGAAGCUCCUCACCUUGCUUUGGAGAGUGGUUUAGACGGCGACGAAAUCAAGCCUUCUGUAGCAGAGCUUCAGAGUACGGCGAAGGCACCCGAGCUGGUGGAUAAUACAGACAGUACCGAACGGAGCGAAGGCAGC